AUGAUUCAGCGAGAUGCUGCCAACACAACCGGGGGCGCCGCAGGCGAUGGACCUACCGCCGACACCACCCACGGUUCUUCCGGCGUUUUCGACCAACUGGGUUCCGUUGUCGGAACGCCUGGAAGUCGCCCGUCCAGUGGAACCUCAAGAACCCCCACUCCUAGUCGUCCAAAGGUAGGCCGCUUCGCAGCUUAUACCUCACUGAUUGUAGCGGUAUGGCUGCCUCUUGUUGCUACGAUAACCCCAGCCCCUAAGGUAAAUUGUGAACUGCAGUCAAUAGGGGCCACAACAUUCUUCCAUGAUUGAGGUUCGGAUUUUCUGACGAUCGUUUAUUUGAGUAGGAUUGCCGCUUCUAUCUUCUUGCACCUAGCUACUACUUGAUGUCUGCGUCCACCAGAGGGAAACUAGCUGGUGGGCAAGCGAACCUGAAUCCAGUUGGGCUGCAAGAGCCUGAGCGAUCUACACCUCGCUCUCGGCGACUGUAAUACUUUGUCAGUCCUAUCCUUUUUAAACGAAUUGUCACAAGCUGCCUUUUUGCAUUCCCGUCAAACUGAACUCUUUUUAGUUCGUCUCCUUUUAGGAGCAGUCCGGUAUGUGUUCCCUCGGAAACCCCUAUGAGUAUUUUUCCUAGUUAAUGCUUACUGGGAAAGGUCAUUUCGCAUGUGCACAGUGCUGUACUCUGCCACCUCUAGUGCCAGGUCCUUUGGUCUUGGUGGUUCCUCGUUGGUAUGGAGUCAAAAGGCCUUUUAUGUUCGGGUUUACAGACCAUUUUGUUUUGCUUUUACUACCUUGUCCCUUUGGAUUCGCAAGGCGGUGGGCCUACGUACUCCUUUUGAAAUACAUGUAAAAUACGUUUUUUUCUAAUAAGGCUGAACAUGAAGGAAGUCUUUGUACAGCCAUCAAUGAUCCUGACUUUUAGCCGUGUGAACUCACGCCUUCGGAGACUAUUAAGGUAGGUAAGUGUACUCUUCUUAAUGGUGACCCAAGUAACUUACGAUUGGUUCAAAUGAGGGGGAAGAUAUUACCAAACUCUCUUUUUUUUAUAAAACUGCACUAGAAGGUAUAGGACGCAAACGAAUUUAUUCCAAAAUAACAUUGAAACACACGUGUCUUAUGGGCAGUUAGUCAUUACAACGGGCCUCUCCGUCCCUCGUUUGUUAAGUCCCUCUGAUUACAUCGGAUCGCAUCUUCCUCUUCUUCCGAUAUGCUGGGUUUGUCUUUGCCCAGGGAGCCUUAGCGCUUGUAUAAACGAUUUAUGCGAGCUCAAGGUUGGUUUGACUGACCGUAUGGCUACUGCCUCUACAUUUACAGGUAUACGCUGAUGCAGGAACUUGGAGUAUCUCACCGACCUUUUAUAGAUGACUCGGAAUGCUUGGUUGACGUCUACCCGGUGGCCGCUGUCAACCAAGUGAGCCACAUUGCGCUAGAGAUGGACUUUUUCACACCUUGAAUUAGCCAGGCAGUUGGUGAGGCAGCAGGCCUUGCUUCGUUCCUGGCUUAGCGGGACCAAACUAUAGAAUUCUGUGGAUUGCCCUGUCCAUGUUUUCUUACGAAAUACACUCCUACUAAUUGUUCCAUCCGGCCAGGAGUGGAAGGCACUCCCUGUUCUCUUUUUUCCUAGGUGAAUUUUAACGCUGGAUGAGCCUGAUUCACUUUAUGCAGGAGGAUGUUCAAAUCAAACUUUUCAUCCGCUAGUGCAAAAAUGUCAUCAACUUAUCGAGCGUGAGAAUAAAGGUCCUUUGUAAUUAGGCAGAGCUGGUUUUUCUCUAGUUUUCCCAUGAAGACAUCAACCAGUAGAGGUCCAAGAGGUGAUCCCAUCGCUACGCCGUCGAUCUGGUGGUAAAAUUGACCAUCGAUUCUGAAUUGUACACUUCACGUGCAACGAAAGAUCAAUUCUUGUCGGCAUUCCGAUUGGGAAAUCCUACCUUACAAUGUCGUCAUAUAAGAAUUCUAUCGUUUCCGUGAGAGGAACGUUAGUAAAUAAAAACGCGAUUUCCUAGGCGUAAUUGUAAUAUUAAUUAUCGGGCUGCAUAAUGCCAAGAUAUUUCAGUCACGCCGGGAUGCCGACGUUUGGACAAGCUUCUUCCCGGCCGCCUGCAUAAGCUACAUUAAGAAAUGACUACAUACGUAGUAGGAAUUUUUCCUAUUGAUUUUCAGUGCCCUUAUAAAUUCAAAUAUACUUCAUAGAAAACGUGCACAAAAAUACCCGUCCCCUUACUCUUUUGGUAAAGGACUACGUCUUCCUUGAAAUUUUAUACUUGGGGUAGCAUCAUUCGGUUUUGGUUUUUCCUAUGCCUAAAUAGUUUUGAGCCCGAUCUGCCCGUUUUAUUAGGCAUUUCAGUCUUUAAAAAUCUCAUAACUAGAAACUUAAAAACCGAAAAAUACUAUUUUUCCGAGUAUGAAAUUCGAGGACGCAAUUUGCUGCGAAUUGAGUACAAGAAAAAAUAUUUUUUGCGCAGUUCUUCUAUAAAUAGGUUUGAAUUUGCAAGGCCGUCGAAAAUCAACAGGAGCAUUUCAUGCUGUCUAAGUAGCUAUUUUUACAGUGAAUUUAUGCAGGCGGCCAGGAGGGAUCUUGUCCAAAUGUCGGCAUCCCUGUGUGAGUGAAAUGCCUUGGAAGUAUGCUGCAUGACGAUUAAUAUUACAACCCUACUUAUGUAGUCUUUCGGAGCGUGCCUCUGAGUUCGCAUACCCAUCUUUACCUAAUCUCCCAUUUGACUUUGCUUACUCCGAAAUUAGGCUCUCCUGAUCGGCAAACUCAUCUUGUAUACCCCUUAUCGGUCCUUUACAUCGUGAUCACUUUUGGGAGCUGCACUCAGCUGUGUCUGUUAUAUAUGACAACGCCGAGGUUCUUUUGAACAUUGACAGUUCUUAUAAAGACCACGUUGAAGUAGUGUUCUGAACGUCUCACCGUCUAACAGAAUCCAACGUCAUCGUUGCACGUUUCGAAGCGUUGAACUUUAUACACCAUUAUCCACUUCAGUUAUGUAGACUACAUAUAUUUGCAGACAAAAUGUUAUUACCGUCAAAGACAAGGGAGACCGGGAUGGCCAUUUCUGUCUUAUUAGCCGUCGUCAGUCAGUCAUACUCAACCCCGAAGUGUGGAACACCUGGGGCUCGAUCCAGCGAGCUGUUAGUUAGAAGUCCAACGUCUCUAACUACUGAGCCACAGGCUCGUUGUCUUGUCAGUUUCGAUGCGGAAUGUACAAUGGUAGAGGGACGCCCACCGAUCGUUUCUACGGAACUCACUCGUCCUGUUGUACCGAUAAGGCAACGAGCCCGUGGCUCAGUGGUUAGAGGCGUUGGACUUCUAACUAACAGCUCGCUGGAUCGAGCUCCAGGUGUUCCGCACUUCGGGGUUGGGUUUGACUGGCUGAGGACGGCUAAUAAGCCAGAAAUGACCAUUCUAGUCUCCCUUGUCUUUGUCGGUAAUACCAUUCUGCCUGUAUCAGUCUCCGCUGCGCGGCUGCUGGUUAUGCCCGAAAGAACACAACGGGACGAGCGAGUUCCGCAUAAACGAUCGGUGAGCGCCCCUCUACCACUACCUAUAUCUAUUUACAGAGUUAUAAGGUCGGUCCUUUUCAUGUUAGUCUUCCACAAAAUUGACUUUGUUCAUCAACUCAUUUGGUUAAAAUGUGAAAAGGAAUGACUUUAGAGCGGAUCUUUAAGGGGUACUGUUUUUAGCAGUAGACCACAUGGAUGCAUCUCUCUGUCUGCUGCUCUCUCGAAUAACCUAUUUCAACCUUCUUUCUACAUUCGUCUUUUUACUCAGACAGUGUUCACUUACCAAUCUUUAUAGUGCAUCCGCUACGAAGAACUCACUUAAUCGAAUUUCCGUGUCAUCUGCACUGCCAUAUCCUGAUAUAUUUAUGUCUAUGUCUCCUUUGUUUAGGCUUGUUACUGUCCCUGUUUUUUGACUAUCUGUCCCACCGCCUAUUAGCUGGCGAUAAUCUGUGCGUAAUUCCGAAUUCCGCACUUUCCUAGCGAGCCAUGUCUCAGUUGGAGUAACUGUCUGAAUUUAUAAGAAAGAGACUGAUUUUCAGUUCUCCGAGCCUGCUGGAGAGACUUUGUGUGUUUGUGUAAACUAUGUGCAAUUUUGCUAGGUCCAUUUUCAUGCGCCUGUUGAAUCUGGGCCAGAAGUUUACGCCUCCUGCUCAGGGCAUAAUUUUUAGAUUUUUGAGCCAGUUUGGCUCACUGCUCUUACAAUAUUGCGCCAACAGAAAGGCCUAAUGUGGUUCAUGCCAACUGUCUAUUGUUGAUUCGUGGAUCUUGCCGUAGGGCAGUUUUAAUGACAAGUCCUAUUAUCAGUUCAUUCAAUUUAUCCGUCUCUCUGAGGGAAUGUUCCCAUUGAACACAACGUCGUAGUGGCUUUACCCUAGCGCCGAUACUCCGCGUGUUCUUUCAUUUCGAAGAUGACUGUCAACAUUAUUGCGUCUUUGGUUUCCUCACCCGACUUAUCAAAUCUGUCAAUCCCGAUCACAUUUGUUCUUGUGGACAGGCUUAUUUUGGAUUCCCGAUAACAGGACUUUGUAAAUACCCUAUGGCGUGUUUACGCUGCAUUGUAGUCUCAUUUUGGUGAGUUGUUUUUUUUAUUCAAGCGGCCUCUUUAAAAGCGUUUUGAUUGAGAUUACAUCGUGGUCCACGCUCCUACGGGCAUGUUCAUUCUGAGACGCACUUUUCUGCGUGGAAAACUGAUCGAUCCCCGCCUGACUCAUUCUCGCUAAGGCUUCCACUUUGCCUAAGAUCUGAGGAAAAUUUGAAAUGCCCAGGCUGAUUUCCGUCUCAUUUUCUAAGAUUGAGAUCUGUUUACGCAAGUAACUCAAUUUUCAUAUCCGCCUUCUUUCAGAACUUGUUUACAUUCGCUCGUUUUCAAUUUACGCCCCCUGUCUAUUGCGAGACUUUCCCAUUGCGGUCUUCUACUCGGGUCAGAGUUCAUAGCUCGUGGCCGUCGCUUCUAAUUUGUUAAACUGUGUCUAUAUAGGAGUCUUCAGUUGGCAUUUACUUCCCCAGCUCCUACUUCGUUCCAAUUUAUUUUCGGAAAAUUAUUCUUGGUAUCUCUGUGAAAUAUGCAUUUUCCAACAUUUUACCAACUUCUACCUGUAAAGUGAUUAUAUUCGAAGUAGACAGCCGGAGACAGCUGUUACCUCCGUCUGCUUUUUACCUCCCCACAUUUGGUAAUCAAUUUCCCUGACCUGCCUAUAAACCUAAAACGACUUUGUCACUGGGAACCCGUAUUGUGUCAAGUUUAGGUCCCGCCCAUAGCAUUUGGUGUGUUUGGUGGAAUAAGCCUUGAAGACCUAUAUGGCAAGAGAUCGUUUAGCAGCCUCAAUGGCCGAAUUAAGCAAAAGUGCAAAUUCUUCGAUAUUUCUCUUCCGUUUGUAAACCCUCUUCGCUUCUGUGCUUAGGUGCAGGCUCCUUAGGGCAUUCACGUUCAGACUUGAUCCGUUUUCCACGCAUGUAAAGAUGCUGCAUCGCCGGGAGCUAUAUUCCUCUUUUUUUUAAAUAUAUAUUCAGGGUGCUGUAGGUGGCAGUGGAAGCUCCGGAAACUCAUCGGAGAACGUGCUCGCCAGCUUCUUUAACAACCUUUUGAGCAAGCGUCCGACAGCAGCUGCACCAGCCUCAUCUACUUCUAGUGACCUAUCGGGUAUGCGUUUAAAUACCCACGUCCGUCCUGCUUCAGUUUCAUUUAUUAUAAGUCUCAUAUGUGGCCCUUGUCCGUGUUUCCAGUUAGUAUAUACCCUGUUAGGAUACUUUUUCUGCCUAAGAAGCCCUUUGAGUUUUAUUGGAAUGCCGUUUCUGAGAGCCUAUUCAGAAGAGGAUUUUUUCCCGCAAGGUUAACACUCUUAACUCAUGCACAUACAGCACUUCCUGUUCCCGUCGAAUGUAUGUGUACGUUGGGCGGAUGACCAGUGGCCUCCAGUCAGUCAUCGUUGCGCUAUGGCCUAAAACAGGGAUUCCGGCUCCGCGAAACUUCCGCGUUCGUCAUACGAGUGCGGCAUGCGUAAAAAUAGUAGUAUGAAGAGGCUGGACAAAGCGAAAAGAAUGAUAAUGUUCGCAUAGCACAGUCGUUUGCAACUGCACCUAUCUCUGAUAGCCAAUUUUGCCUGUAUUUUAGAGGUGACGCAAAAAAGCGUCGAAAUAGACGACCUUUUUCGCAAUAAACGAGUCGACAUUGACGCCUCGAACAUGAGGAUAUGAAAUCGGACCCGGGGCCCAAUGUUCGAGCUUUCUUGUGCCAUCUCUACAAACGAGCAACGUGGCAGCUUUGAAUGCCGUUAUCUCAACGUUUUCCCCACGUUUCUCGAAAAGCAGUACUGCUGUCAUUCGACCCCAUUCAAAAACGGAAGUAAAAUGGUUUCUUCCAAGUCUCGAACUCUUAUUAAAAUAUGUGUUUGUGGUUCAAGGUCUCCGCUGAAGCCAUGAGAGACAUUUUAGCUCCCAUGGCGUAUGUGUAGUUCUUACCUCAAUGUGUUCACGCGGUGUUUAAUUGGCGUACCUGGCACACCGACCGCCUUCAUCUUCCGGGCAUCGGCACCUAUUGUUCAGAUACCGAGUUCCUUAUUCGCCGCCCUCCACUUCAGUGCCGUGCUCCCGCAUAUACUCCGCCUUCAAGUGCGUUUCAUUUGGGCGAUUUCUUUUCAUACCCUGUUCUGAUUCCACGUCUCGUCUGCUGUUUCAGCCGACCGACAAAAUCUCACCAACACGGAAAUACAUUCGGAGCUGGAGCGGUUAGCAAAGUCUCCCAAGGAGGGCCUUGAGAGCAUUGCGAACGCUGGACAGAAUUCCAGCCCCCAAGCCGACUGA